AGAGUCAACGGAGCCAGGAACGAAGUAUCUAUCGACUGUGUUGAGAAAAGACUUCGACAGGGUCGCCAUCUAAUGAACCUAUGUUAUACUACGUUAUGCGGAAACCGCUACGAAACGAGAAUUGAAUGUGAGGAUACAAACAAUUUCGGCAUCGUUAUUUGUUGUAAUUACGUAUAAUUAAUUAACAAUCUACUACCCAGAAUAAUCAUUAUAAUUUGUUAAACGUAAUAAGACAGCAAAUAUGUUAUUCUACUCUUUCUUCAAAUCGUUAAUUGGAAAGGACGUAGUGGUCGAAUUAAAAAAUGAUCUCAGUAUUUGUGGCACGUUACACUCGGUGGAUCAGUAUCUAAAUAUUAAAUUGACAGAUAUUAGUGUGACAGAUCCUGAUAAAUAUCCACACAUGCUGUCGGUUAAGAACUGUUUUAUUCGUGGCUCGGUUGUGAGAUACGUUCAACUUCCUGGUGAUGAGGUGGAUACUCAGUUAUUACAGGAUGCUGCCCGGAAAGAAGCUGCUGUACAAACGCGAUAGUUCAUUCAAAUACAUUCUUCGAAAUGACAAACUAUCUAAUUAUAUUCAAGAAUGCGAAGUAUGAACAAUUAUGUUUUCGUGCAUACAAUUAAAAUGCAUUCUGUAUUUUCUGAAGGUGUAAAAUUUUUAAUUAAAUAAUAUAUCUUGUAUGCUUGUAAGAGUUCUGUGAACUAGAAUAAUGAUGUAGCUUAUGUUUA